AUGAAGUCUUCACUUGCAUCACUUCUCGUGCUAGCCUCCUCCACGGGAACCUUUGCUUGGGGCCCUGGAUUCGGUGGAGGCUGGGGAAACUGGCCUUCUUGCGCUAAUUCAUGCAUGAGCACGUUCACCAGCAGCAGCUGUGCUGGAGAUGGAUCUUGUUUCUGCAAAGAUACCACGGCGCUCAACAAUGCCAACACGUGCAUCGACUCAUCCAGCUGUUCAACCUCCGACAAAGAGACUAUCUAUCAAAAUAUUGAUCAACUCUGCGCUGAUGUCGCCGUCACGGUAACUGCGGCGCCCGAGGCCACCUUCAGUGCCACCAGCAACUCAGCUUGGAGCGGUGGACCAUGGUCUGCUGCGUGGGGGAGCGGAGCUUCUGGCUAUGGCCCAUUUGGCGGAAAUUGGGGACCAUGGGGCUCUUCGGGAGCAUGGACCGCGGGACCUUGGAGCGCCUGGUGGGACGGAAAUGCUUGCCCACCCGAUAGCUGGACGGGUUGGACUUCGGGAACAUGGUCCACAGGUGCUCCUUGGACCACAUGGACCGCGUGCACAGCCAGUACCACAGCGACAAGCACCUUUACGACCACGUCGUCUGGAACAGUUAUCACGGGAACUUCCUAUGGCGUCAAAGUUGCUGAGCAGACUGGAACCACCACCUCAGGGGCGAUUUCAACCUCGACGCAUGCAGGCGCUGCAGCCAGCAAUGCGGUGAAGAUAGGCUUGAGUUUCGUUGUCGUUACUUUUAUCGUCGUCGUCCAAGGUUAG